AGCUGGGCACAGGGGCAGGAUCCCCCUCCCCUGCUGCCCACCCUGGGGGAUCAGCCCAGGGCACGGGGGGUUUGGGAGCUCCUGUGCACUUGGACAGGGCACGUGGAGCUUCUCAUCCACUGACUCCUUGAGUUUGGCCGGAUCCCUCAGGAUGCCACAUCAGGUUUGGACAUGCUCAGCCUUUGGCUGUCGCUUCCUCCUGCCUGAGAAUAUUUAUGUUUCUGAUUUCCCCGUGUUUAACAUGCAAAGCACGAAGAAGUUGAUUUCUCCCUGAGCUUUCCCUCUCUGUCCUCUCUCUCCAGAGUCCUGAGCGCUGUGGAAGGUGUGCAGCAGGAGGAUGGACAGCAAGCCGGCAGUGAAUGGCCACGCUGUCCCCAGCUCUCCCGGGGAAGACGUGUCAGGGACAAACCGCUUGUGCCAGGACACGAUGCCGUGCAAACAGCAAAAAGCAGCUGGCAGGGACGUGGCGGGUCUGGAGGCUCCCAGGGAGCCCCCGGAGACAGCUGGCAGCAUUGCAGGCGUCUACGUAGAGGCUUCAAAGAGGAUAAUGAGCUUUUAUGAGGCCACCAGAGAGCAUCUGCUGAGCCUGGAUUCGGCCCUCUGCCUCCUUGAGGCCCAGGCAGCCACGGGCUCCAUCUCCGACCCGCUGAGGAGCCGCCGUGUCCCCGUGGCAGAAGCCGUGCGGACGGGGCUGGUGGGGCUGGAGCUGAAGGAGAGGCUGCUCUCGGCAGACAGAGCUGCCACUGGCUUUGUGGACCCCUACACAGAAGAGAAAAUCUCCCUCUACCAGGCCAUCCAGAAGGAGCUGGUGGGGAGGGAGCAGGGCAUUCGCCUGCUCCAGGCCCAGAUGGCAACUGGAGGCGUCAUCGACCCGGCCAGCGGCGGCCGGCUGCCGGCAGAUGUGGCUUGUGAGAGGGGAUAUCUGGAUGAAGAGAUGAGCCAGCUCGGCUCUGACCCCAGCCACGAGGACAGCAAAGUGUUCCUUGACCCCAGCACUAUGGAGAAGGUCACUUACUCAGAGCUGAGGAAGAGGUGUGUUGUGGAUCCAGCCUCGGGCUUCCUCCUCUUGCCGCUGCAGAUCACAUUCCCAGGGCUGGGAGGGAGGGUGAGCAGCAGAGACCUGAUGGACUCCGGCAUCAUCAGCUCCGAUGUGUUCCGAGGCCUGGAGGAGGGAAGAGUCUCUGCCCAGGAGGUGGCAGAGAAUGACAUUGUUCAGCACUUCCUGCGCGGGACGAGGAGCGUGGCUGGUGUUGUGCUGCCCUCCGGGGAGCAGAAAAGCCUUUACCAGGCACUGAGGGAGCAUCUCCUCGUGCCUGGGGCUGCUCUCAUGCUCCUGCAAGUCCAGGCCUCCACCGGUGGCCUGACAGACCCCCUGAAGAACAAAAGCUACUCAGUGGAUGAGGCUGUCAGGGUCGGUCUCAUCGGCCCAGAGCUUUAUGAGAAACUGUCUUCAGCUGAGAAAUCCAUCACUGGAUACAGGGACCCCUCCACCGGAGAAAUGCUCUCCCUGUUCCAAGCCAUCAGGAAGGGCUUUGUUCCCAGGGAUCAUGGCCUUUGCCUUCUGGAGGCUCAGGUGGCCACGGGGGGUGUCAUCGCUCCAGGCAGGCACCUCCGUGUCCCCAUGGAGACAGCCUGCAAGUGGGGGUACCUGGACGAGGCCACCGGGCAGCUCCUCUCCAGCCCUCCUGACGACCUGAGGGGGUUCUUCCACCCUGGCUCCAAGGAGAAGCUGAGCUACGCGGAGCUGCUCCAGCGCUGCGUCACCGACCCCAGCACAGGGCUCCUGCUGCUGCCGCUCGGCGGGGACGGCAGUGAAGGACCCCAGGGAACACUCGGCUUCCUUGACCACAGGACCCAGACAGCUCUGGAAAACACACAGGUACCCAUCGCUGCUGGGAAAUUCAAGGGCAAGUCGGUGUCUCUCUGGAAACUUCUCUUCUCUGACUACAUCCAGGGCGAGCAAAGAGCUUUGCUCGCUCAGCAGCUCCUGGCAGGAACGCUCUCCCUGCAAGGACUGGGAGAGGCCAUCAGAGCCGCCGUUGAGGAAAAGGCUGCCACUGCCAAUGUCACCUUCACGGGCCUGAGGGAGCAGGUGACGGCUGACCAGCUCCUGAGCUCCGAGAUUAUCAACAAAGACUUGUUUAAAAAGCUCAAGGAGGGAGAAACAUCGGCCAAAGAAGUCACCAGCAUGGACACUGUCAGGAAGUACCUGCAGGGCACGGGAAGCAUCGGUGGGCUGCUGCUCCCUGACUCCCAGGAGAAGAUCAGCAUCUACCAGGCAAAGCGGAAGGGACUUCUGAGGCCAGGAACGUCUCUGAUCCUCCUGGAGGCACAGGCUGCCACGGGGUUUGUCAUUGACCCCGCUGCCAACAAGAGGUAUUCCGUGGAUGAGGCUUUACGAGCCAACAUCAUUGGCCCAGACGUUUACGACAAGCUGCUGGCUGCAGAGAAAUCUGUCACCGGCUACAGAGAUCCGUACACAGGUGACAAAAUCUCCCUGUUCCAGGCCAUGCAGAAGGAGCUGAUCGUCAGGGACCACGGCAUCCGCCUGCUGGAGGCCCAGAUCGCCACGGGCGGCAUCAUCGACCCCGUGCACAGCCACCGCAUCCCCGUGGAGGUGGCCUACAAGCGCGGCUACUUCGACAAGAAGAUGAAUUUGAUCCUCUCCGACCCCAGUGAUGACACCAAGGGCUUCUUCGACCCCAACACCCACGAGAACCUGACGUACCUGCAGCUGAAGGAGAAAUGCAUCACGGAGCCCUCCACCGGGCUCUGCCUGCUCCCUCUGAACAGCAGGAAGCGGCAGUUCAUCGAUGAGGCCACCAGGCAGGUGUUCAGGAGCUCCUGGCUGCCCGUCAGGUUUGGGCGCUUGCGGGGGGAGAAGGUCUCCGUGUGGGACCUGCUGAACUCCGAGUACUUCAGCGAGGGGAGGCGCCGGGAGAUUUUCAACCACUUCCAGCUGAAGAAGCUCAGCCUGGAGCAAAUCCGACUCAUGCUGGAGGAGGAAAUGAAGAAAUGGGCCCCCAUCAAGUUCCCAGCCAUGAGAGGCAAUGUCAGCGCUUAUCACCUGAUGGAAACCGGCGUCAUCGACAGGGCCCUGUUGGAGCAGGUGCUGGAGGGGUCCGUCACCCCAGAACAAGUCCUGCGCAUGGACUCCGUCAGGAAGUACCUCUACGGCUCGGGCAGCAUUGGCGGGAUUGUGCUCCAGCCAUCCAACCAGAGAAUGAGCAUUUAUGAGGCCAUGAAGCAGAACAUCGUGGUGCCAGGAGUAGCCCUGCCCCUGCUGGAGGCCCAGGCUGCCACAGGCUUCAUUAUUGACCCUGUGAACAACCAGAAGCUCCGCGUGGAUGAGGCCGUCAGGGAGGGAGUCAUCGGGCCAGACGUCCACGAGAAGCUGCAGCACGCGGAAGGGGCCGUGACGGGCUACAAGGACCCUUUCACGGGCAAGAAGAUCCCCCUUUUCCAGGCGAUGAAGAAGGGCCUGAUCGCGGACAAGCAGGCCAUGCAGCUCAUGGAGGUGCAGAUGGCCACAGGAGGCAUCAUCGACCCGGCGUGUGGCCACUACAUCCCCCUCGAGUCGGCCCAGCAGCGAGGCUGCCUGGAUGAGGACACAAGCAAGGCCCUUUCCAAGCCCAGCGAUGACCACAGAGUCUUCUGCCUCCCGGACAGCAAAGAGAGCGUGACCUACGCUGAGCUCAUCCAGCACUGCCAGAAGGACGAUGUCUCCGGCUUCCACUUGCUGCCUCUGGCACAGACAGCUGCUCCUGCCUACAGCGACGAGCAAAUCCAACGGAUUUUCAAGGAAACCAUGGUGAAGGAGAAAGGAGUCUCCCUCUGGGAGCUCAUGCACUCAGGGUACUUCACCCAGGAGCAGAGGAGAGACUUCAUGGAGAGGUUCCGGUCAGAGGAGCUGUCCCUGGAGCAGCUGGUUGCUCUUGUGCUCAGGCUGGUGGGGGAGAUGGAGAUGAAAGCCAGGACCCAGAUCUCCCUGGAAGGCCUGAGGGGCAGUGUCCCCGUGGUCUGGCUACUGGACACCGGCAUCAUUUCUCAGAAGACGUUUGAAGAACUGGCUCAGGGCGUAAGAACUCCUGAAGAAGUGGCUGCAAUGGAGAGUGUAAAGAGGUACUUGAAGGGCACAGGCAGCAUUGCUGGGGUCUUCAUAGAGGAAUCCAAACAAAAAAUGAGCUUCUAUGAUGCCAUGAAAAACAAUCUCCUCCUCCCUGGGGCUGCUCUGAGGCUGCUGGAGGCUCAGGCAGCCACAGGAUACCUGACUGACCCUGCAACAAAGCGGAGGCUCAGCGUGAGGGACGCCGUGAGAGCGGCUGUGGUUGGAGAAGAGCUUACAGAAAAACUCCUUCUGGCCGAGAGGGCGGUGACGGGCUACACAGACCCCUACACCGGGAGCUCCAUCUCCCUGUGCCAAGCGCUCAGGAAAGAGCUCAUCCCCCUGGCAGAGGCUGUGCCCCUGCUGGAGGCCCAGCUGGCCACGGGAGGGGUCAUUGAUCCCAUCCACCACCUCCACCUGCCGCUCCAGGCUGCCUGCAGCCAUGGCUUCUAUGACGAGGACCUCAACCAAACCCUGUCUCAGCUGGAUGACAGCACCAAAGUCUUUUUUGACCCAAACACCAAGGAGAACGUGACCUACCAGCAGCUGAAGGACCGGUGCAUUCGUGAGGCUGAGUCGGGUCUGUGGCUCCUCCCCCUGUCAGAAAACGCAAUGUUCUGUGUGGAUGAGCAGACCAUGAAGGUGCUGAAAUCUGUCACCGUUUGUGUCAACGUGGGGCGGUUCAAAGGACAGACCGUGUCUGUCUGGGACCUCCUCAACUCCGAAUACUUCUCUGACAGCAAGAGAAGAGAGCUGGUGCAGAAGUACAAAGAUGAGAAGGCUGAAGUGCUACAGGAAAUCACAACAAUUAUCACCACGAUCAUCCAAGAGACUGAGGCACAAGGCAAGAAGUUUGCAUUCAAAGGCCUGCGGAAAAGAGUCUCCGCCAGUGACCUCUUCCAGUCCCAGCUGAUUGACAAAAAAACCCUCGAUGAGCUCAACCAGGGGAAGAAAACAGUCAAAGAAGUCACUGAAAUGGAGUCUGUCCGCAGGUACCUGGAGGGCAGCAAUUUCAUAGCAGGGGUCCUUAUCCAGCCAAGCAAUGAGAAGAUGAGCAUCUACCAGGCCAUGUGGAAGGGCAUCCUGAGGCCAGGGACCGCCCUGGUGCUGCUGGAGGCACAGGCGGCCACCGGAUACAUCAUCGACCCUGAGAAAAACAAGAAGUUCUCAGUGGAAGAAGCGUUAGAGGUGGGUCUGAUUGGAGGGGAGAUUUUUGAAAAGCUGCUCUCUGCGGAGAGAGCCGUGACAGGCUACACUGACCCCUACACCAAAGCCCCCAUGUCCCUGUUUGAAGCCAUGAACCAAGGGCUGAUUGUGAAGAGCCACGGCAUCCGCCUGCUGGAGGCGCAGAUCGCCACCGGCGGCAUCAUCGACCCCGUGCACAGCCACCGCCUCCCCGUGGAGGUGGCCUACAAACGCGGCUACUUCAACCAGGAGAUGAACCAGAUCCUCUCCGACCCCAGUGAUGACACCAAGGGCUUCUUCGACCCCAACACCCACGAGAACCUGACAUAUAUGCAGCUCCUGGAGAGGUGUGUCCAAGACCCAGAGACUGGGUUGUACAUGCUGCAAGUUGUAAAGGAGGGAGGAAAGUACUUCUACAUUGAUGAGUCCACGAAACAGGCUUUGCGCUCAAAGCCCCUUCAGGUGAAAGUUGGAAAGUUUAAGGACCAAACCGUUUCUGUCUGGGAAGUCCUCUGCUCUCACUACAUCUCCGAGCAGAAAAGGAAAGAGCUGGUGAUGCAGUACAAAAGCAAAACCCUAAUGCUGGAAGACCUGAUAUCCCUCAUCUUGAAAAUCAUCGAGGACACCGAGCGAAGAGGAGAAGCCCUCAGGGUCAAAGGACUGCGGGGGGAGGUGUCGGUAUCAGAAUUGUUCAACUCUGAGAUAAUUGACAAGAAAACUCUGGAUCAGCUGCAGGAUGGGAGUCUCACGCUUGCCGGCCUCACAAAGCGGGAGACCAUCCAGAGGUACCUGGACGGCACUGGGUGCAUAGCUGGGGUUCUCCUCCCACUGAGGAAAGAGAUGAUGAGCAUCUACCAGGCGCUGAAGAAAGGCCUCCUCACAGAGCAAUGUGCACUGGGGCUGCUGGAGGCACAGGCGGCCACCGGCUUCCUCCUGGACCCCCGGAACAACCAGAAGCUCUCAGUGGACGAGGCCAUCUCGUCCGGGCUGGUGGGCAGCGAGCUGCGUGAGCAGCUGCUGUCGGCAGAGAAAGCCGUGACGGGAUACACAGAUCCUCAAACAGGAAGUAAAAUAUCUCUCUUCCAGGCUGUAAGACAGAAGAUAAUAGUCAGAGAUCACGGCAUCCGCCUGCUCGAGGCCCAGCUUGCCACUGGUGGCAUCAUCGACCCCAGGCAUGGCCACCGCCUGCCCGUGGAGGUGGCCUACAAGCGUGGACACCUGGACGAGGACAUGUUCCUCCUGCUCUCAGAUCCAGAUCACGGCAGCAAAGGCUUUAUAGAUCCAAACACUCACGAGAAGAUCAGUUACAGCCAGCUCCUGCAGAGGUGUGCCAAGGACAGGGAGAGCGGCUGGUACCUGCUGCAGGUCCUGGAAAAGGAGGGCGACUACUUCUACAUUGAUGAGCAAACCAAAAACGCCCUGCUGUGUACCAAGGUCCAGGUGCCCGUGGGAAAAUACAAGGGACAGGUGUUAUCGCUGUGGGAACUUCUCUGCUCCGAGUACAUCACUGAGGAGAAAAGAAAAGAGCUGGUGAAAAAAUACAAAGCGGAAUCCCAACACAUCGUGCAAGGAAUCAUUGAGACAAUACUGAAGAUCAUUAGAGAAAAAGAAGAGGACAGAAGUGAUGUGUGGUUCAAGGGAAUCCGACAGCAAAUUACAGCAUCAGAACUGCUCAGUGCAAAAAUAAUCACAGAGGAAACAAUAGAAAAACUCCAGAAAGGAAAAGAGACGGCACAAGAAAUAGCACAAACAGAGAGUGUGAGGAGGUACCUUGAGGGAACUGGGAGCAUCGCCGGCGUGCUGGUGCCCUGCAAGGCCGAGCCCGGCAAGGUGGAGAAGAUGAGCAUCUACCAGGCCAUGUGGAAGGGCAUCCUGAGGCAGGGCACGGCGCUGGUGCUGCUGGAGGCACAGGCGGCCACCGGUUUCGUCAUCGACCCAGUCAAGAACCAGAAGCUGUCGGUGGACGAGGCCGUGUCCUCGGGGCUGGUGGGCAGCGAGCUGAAAAACAAACUACUCAGUGCCGAGAGAGCAGUGACGGGCUACACCCACCCCUACACGGGACAAAAGAUGUCCCUGUUCCAGGCCAUGAAGCAGGAGCUGAUCGUCAGGGACCACGGCAUCCGCCUGCUGGAGGCCCAGAUCGCCACNGGCGGCAUCAUCGACCCCGUGCACAGCCACCGCCUGCCCGUGGAGGUGGCCUACAAGCGCGGCUACUUUGACCAGGAGAUGAACCAGAUCCUCUCCGACCCCGGUGACGACACCAAGGGCUUCUUCGACCCCAACACCCACGAGAACCUGACGUACCUGCAGCUGCUGCGCCGCUGCGUGCCCGACCCGGACACGGGGCUUUAUUUCCUUAAUAUUUUUAGAAAAUAGUUAUAAAACGUUUUGAUUCUUUUCCUUGCGGAAGAAUGUUGCUUUUGUGAAUAUUUCUUUUGCUGCUGGUGUUUGUC